AUGGAUGCCAGCUCUGGUGCGGGCAUCUUCAGCACUAAACCAGUUCCUUGGUUAAAAGAAUAUUUUAAACAAAGAGGCAUUCAAAGCUCGGGAAAGCGCAAGAAUGAACUAGUAGAACUUUGUGUAAAAAGUGAGGAGAUAAAAGUCCCGAAAAUCUCAGAAGAAGAAGAGCCAGUCGAUCCAGCAAUUUCAAUGAAAGAGCAACUGAAAACUAACAAUGAAGGGUACUCGGCCAAUUCGUUGAACAAAGAAAAUCAGGCUUUUGGUAAAUGGACCCACAAUUUUUCGGAAGUACCAGACUUUAGAUUUCCUGAUCUUUUUAAUUAUCUAGUGGGAAAGGAUCCCGGGUAUAACGCCGAAAGCCUAAAAAGUUACAAAUCUCUUCUGGGAUACAAGUUGUACUUCGAUGGACACGUAGAAGACCUUUGUUACCAUCCGCCACAAUCUAGUGCCAGCGGUCACAGUUAUUUUCUGUUUGCUGUAAAGCCAACUGAAAGGUCCAAGGCUGACGAUGGGUCAGCAACAUAUAAGGGUUUUUUUAUUUUAAAGAAGGAUGGAAGUGUGCAUUCAGCCUACUGCCCAUGCAAAGGAGGGAAAGCAUCUGUCUAAGAAGGCAGUAAAAUCUACCCGUGCCAUUGCCAGUGUUCGGAUCCAUGUAGAACGUGCCAUUGGACGACUUAAGGACUUUAGAAUUCUACAUGGGAACUUUCUUGUUCCAAUGCUGCCCAUUGCUGACAACAUUUUUAGUGUGUGUGCUGCUCUGUGCAAUUUGCUACCACCCCUGGCUAAAUAACUACUGCUGCCUUGUGAGCUGAGAAGCAAAAUAAGUUUGUAACUUUGAACA